GCGUCAGAGCUGUGCAAACACCGUCGCGGCUCCCGCCGCUAUUUAAGGGGCCGGGGCUGAGCCACCCCCAACUUCCCCGCCUGGGCACACACGGGCCUCGUUCCCUCCCUCCCUGCUCGGGUCCGACCUCGGGAGAGCGCAGCGGAAAGCAAUGUACAGUGGUAUAUGCAUCUGCGUGUUCCUUGCUGUGCUCUCGGCGAGCUCUUUUGGACAGCAAACUCUGGGCUCACACAAUGGGAAUCCCCUGGCUGCUGAGCUUGAGCAGAGCUUGACAGAACAUCACCGGCACGUCCGCACUCCAUCUGCUGCUGGCCCUCAAAAACCUGUGCCACGGCUGGAUGGGAGCAUUGACCAAAGAGCCAACAUUGGUGCUUUGUUGGCCAAGUAUCUCCAGCAAGCCAGAAGAGGUCCCACUGGAAGGCUCUCAGUUAUGGGAAACAGGGUACAGACCAUUGAUCCUACACACAGGAUAAAUGACAGAGACUACAUGGGCUGGAUGGAUUUUGGACGCCGCAGUGCUGAGGAAUACGAGUACUCUUCCUAGAGAACAGCAAACUAUAGCAACAGGAAAAGAAAAAAUCACAUUCCCAUGUCUGUACAGAAAGAGAAAAAUUAAUUUCUUGUCCUCUUCACAAUCAGUGUUUUAAACUAUAUGUCAUGCAUUUGAUGUAAACUUGUCAGUAAGACUAUACAAUGCAAUAUAUACAUAUGCAGAAUUUUCCAGAAAAUGUUUUCUUUCUUUUGUGGUUUCUCAUACAUUGAUAUUAUAUUAAAAUGAUUUCAACUUACCCUCUCUUGUCCU